CUAUGACCUUUGUUUACUGUCUGUCUAGUCGCUCUAGUUAAAAAUAGAUCCAACUGCUCACAGUGGAAAUUACAUGCCAAACAGGUUUCUAGGUUCAGUCUUUCGGUCGCUUCAGCAGCUGGUCGACAUGAAUUCCCCCUCAUUCGUAAGCUUUCGACGUUUUUGCUCGCCUGGUGAUUUUCUACCACCGAGACACCAAGUGAGCUAGCUAGCUGGCUCUCUGUUAAGCUCCGUUGUGUUCGUGCGUCGUCACGUUCUCCUGGUACCUCUUAGAGUGAUCAGCAGCUCCUCAGACUCUCACACAGGUGGACACUGUAAAUUGAAAGGGAAAGAGGUGUCCGAGACGACGAGCAGGCUGGUUAUAUAAUCACAAGUCUCGGUUGUACACGCUAAAAUAUAUUUGCUUUUAAAGCCUUUGCCAUGGCCUGCAGUUUCCUAAACACGGAGGAGGCGUCUCCAGCGGCUCUGACAGACCUGUGCCUCACCUAUGUGAGCCAAAACCUGGAGUGUUUCUGCGUGAAGCGCCCUGAUGGCUCCUUCUGUUUCAGGGAGGCUGUACUCUUCCCGCAGGAGCUGGCAGACCAGCUCCUGGCCAAAAUGGCCACUGAAGGUCUGCUGAACGACAGCACAGUGGGUGUGUUUCGGAACUGUGAAUACUUGCGGUUGAGACGGGCCUGCAUCCGUACUGCACGGAUCUCUGCAGAGGCCUUCCAGAAAGCCCUGUGCCCUCACAGAUUGCUGGAGUUGGAUGCUGCCCGGGUCAAUGCAGACCUUACCAUUCCUGAUAUCCUGCAGGGGCUGGCCACUAAUAAAUAUUGUCAGGAGUCCCUUCAGCGACUUGUCCUUACAGGCCUCACCAUGUCCUCUCUGGAGGAACCAAUCUGGUAUCGCUUCAGUGCCCUCCAGGGCUUGCGUUCCCUCUCUCUAGCUAAUGUAGACUUCUACGACUCUGGGCUAGGCGAUGUGUGUUCCCUGCCUCGGCUGGAGAGCCUCGAUCUUUCUAAUACUUCAGUCACAAACCUGAGCCCGCUGCUGGGCCUGAAGGAGCGGCUGCGCUCACUGACACUGCAUCAGUUGAAAAGGCUGGAGAUGAGCACUGCUCAGCUGCUGGGAGUCAUAGGCCAGUUGAAUGUAUUGCAGCACCUGGACAUUAGUGAUGAUAAACAAUUUACCUCUGACGUGGCUCGUCAACUUCUCGGACAGCCAGGGAUUCUGCCCGCCCUUGUUUCCUUAGAUGUCUCAGGGAGGAAACAGGUGACAGAUGCAGCUGUUAAGGCAUUUGUUGAAGAGAGGCCAGGAAUGACCUUUGUGGGACUUCUGGCCACAGAUGCUGGUUUUUCAGACUUCCUAUCAGGAGAAGGAAAUCUAAAGGUGACUGGAGAAGCUAAUGAGACUCAGAUCUGUGAGGCACUGCGGCGCUACAGUGAAAGAGAAGGUUUUGUGAGAGAAGCUCUCUUUCAUCUGUUUAGCCUCACUCAUGUCAUGGAGAAGCCAAGGCCUGACAUCCUAAAGCUGGUAGUUUUGGGAAUGAAGAAUCAUCCGUCCACUCUGAAUGUCCAGCUAGCCGCGAGCGCCUGUGUGUUCAACCUGACGAAGCAGGACCUGGCAGCAGGGAUGCCAGUUCGACUGUUGAGCACCGUCACUCAGCUUCUACUGGAAGCCAUGAGGACUUUCCCCAACCACCAGCAGUUGCAGAAAAACUGCUUGCUGUCUCUGUGCAGUGAUCGCAUUUUGCAAGAAGUUCCAUUCAACAGGUUUGAAGCUGCCAAACUGGUCAUGCAGUGGCUUUGCAACCACGAAGAUCAAAACAUGCAGAGGAUGGCUGUGGCAAUCAUUUCCAUACUCGCUGCUAAGUUAUCCACAGAGCAGACGGCCCAGCUGGGAGCAGAGCUGUUUAUCGUGAAACAACUGCUCCACAUCGUGCGUCAGAAGGCAACUCAGGGCGUGGUGGAUGCCACCCUCAAAUUUACACUGAGUGCACUCUGGAACCUCACUGAUGAAUCGCCAACAACCUGCCGCCAUUUUAUCGAAAACCAGGGGCUAGAUCUGUUCAUUAAAGUUCUAGAGUCGUUCCCCAAUGAAUCUUCUAUUCAGCAGAAGGUUCUCGGGCUUUUGAACAACAUAGCAGAGGUUGGGGAGCUGCAUGGAGAGCUCAUGGUGCAGGGGUUUCUGGACCACAUCAGCAGUCUGCUGCACAGCCCGGAAGUGGAGGUCAGCUACUUUGCUGCAGGCAUCCUUGCACAUCUGACGUCACGAGGAAAAGAGGCCUGGGCGCUCAGCCCGAGUCUUCGGUCCUCACUGCUUGAGCAAUUGCAUGCUGUCAUUAUGAAGUGGCCCCCGCCAGAGUGUGAAAUGGUGGCCUACAGGUCAUUUAACCCCUUCUUUCCCCUACUGGAGUGUUUUCACACCCCUGGUGUCCAGCUGUGGGCAGCCUGGGCAAUGCAACAUGUCUGUAGCAAGAACGCUUCUCGCUAUUGCAGCAUGUUGUUGGAGGAGGGUGGUCUGCAGCAGCUGGAGCAUGUUCACAAACACCCACAGACCCACAGAGACGUCAAACUGCUGGCUGGGAGCAUACUAGAGAGCCUACAGCGCCACAGAGCUCGCACCGGCCAGCCACUACACACACACACAAGUCGCCGCCCACCGCCGCAGUAACCUCACAGAGAAAAUCCGAAUCUCUGGUGAAGAAGAGGAAAUUAAGCUGGGUCCCACCGUGGAUGGGAGGUGGUGGUCACGUGUGUGUUUGUGUGUGUGAGAAUAUAUCUCACACACAAACAUGGACUUACAAGAAUCUCUAAAAAUGUAAACUGAAUUAAGGACAGAGGCAUUGCAGUUCUUUGCACAGAGUAACCUUAUUUAUUUUCUCGCUUUUUUUCUCUUUAAAAAACCAUUUCUCUGUGUGCUUAUCAAAAAAUAAGAAAAAAGUAAAUUAUGAUAAACUGUCUGUCACUAGACCUCAAAUCAAAUCGUGAAUUUGUGUUUGGGCCUUUUUCAGUCAGCUUUUGGUAUCGCACUUACAAAUCUCAGUUUGGGAAUAAUUCCCCAAAGCUCAACUGAGGACCGAUACCCUGAUACCCUCAUAUGUUACAGAGUACUAUGGAUGUCUGAACUGGUUGAUUAGCUCUUAAAUUUACGCAUGCCAUCGCCCUGAGCUCAAGCAUGGGGGUUAGGGUUUGUCUGAAUGCUUAUACUGUUCGUUUUAGGAAUGCCUGCUUGUUUGUUUAUGGCAGUGCUCAGUUCACUGAAACCCCCGCCUCUGGGUCUGCAAUACUACUGCUGCUCUGCUCGUCAUCAAGUCUUUUAUCAGCUAACGCCUUUGAUUUGAUGUGACAGGACGCUUGCCGAGGGUGUAUUCAGUGGGUUCGGGCGUUCCAAACAUUCAAACACGAUAAACUAAAUUAUAGAGAAAUCAACUUUUUGAGAAACUCGAUUGCAUUUUUUUUCUUUAAAUUUUCUAAACAUUGGGGAGCCCUAAAUCCAUCCGCUUGGUCGCAGAGCCAGCAGUGCAGAAAGCUCACGAGGACAAUUUACAUGAUAAGCUGAGUACUACAGUCACAUGUGUCUGUUUACGUCCAAAUAUACUUUCCUGGACACAAAUGGCAAUAAUGAUGUGGCCAGCAUAGUGAGGAUAGGUGUACAUUUGCAGUGAGUCACAUCUGUUUUCUCUUUGAGAAACUUGUGUAUAUAUUUAUAUAUAAGUAUGUUUUUGUUAUGCAUCUGAGUGUCUUUAAGACAGACAGCACUCCAGUGUGAGCAUGUGUGCAUAUAUGCGCUUGUACAAGUGUCUGCAUCUCAAAGAGUGUAUGUAUUUGUACAUAAGGAUACUGAAGGGGGGUGGGGGGGGGGGGGGUCGUUGUUUAGGAGUGAUUGCAUGGAAAUUAUUCUACUGUAUGUUUUUCAGUUCCAUCUGAUUGAACAAAGGGAAGAAAAACUGUUUAUACAACAAUAGAGUAGAAACAUUUAAAUUAUUUAAAGGCAUUUCUGUUCUGAAAGUGACCGGCCGUGUGAUGUCUGCAUCCUACAGGCUGCUAUUUUAACAGUUAUGCUUCUGCCGUUUAGACUUGCUGUUACAGCUUAUGAGACUGGCUACAUUUUUGUUGUUCAUCUCUUAUUGCAGGCCUUGUCAUUUACUAUGCUGUCAACACAUAACUAGGAAAGAGUACUGAGGAGACAUGAAGCAGAAUAAAGUACAAUUAUUUUUGCAUUUUGAGAAUAAAGUCGACUCCCUUAAUCCACAAACUAAAGGUAGGAAAGUGACCACUAGCUGCCAGAAUGGAGGUGAUUUUUCUGGUCAAAGUUUAUUCUCAAAAUGCAAAACUUUUACUGAAACACUUUGAUAAAUAACACUUUCUAAAUAAUUGGAGAUAAAUUUGUUUGGCAGGAAUGCCAGUGACAGGUCAGGAGACUUGAAAAGAUUACUGGAUGUAUGGUUAUAUAGAUAAAUAUAGAACAUUAGGCUCCAAAAUGAUACUUAAGCAGCUGUCAGCAAAGCAUACACACCUCAUCAGCUCAGUGAAUUGUGGCCCUAUUGUAUUCUGUAAAUCAUUUGUUGAUGAGCUUGUUAAUGACGCAUGUGUCCCAGGCUAAUAGUGUUUCCACAAGGAUAGUCUUAGAUGACAGAACUUUUGGGGUUUUUUUUCCCCAAAGUCGUGUAGUUUAGUUGAAUAUCGCCCUGCAUAAAAGGCCAGUUCUUAAGCGUUUUAAUCCAUUGGAAGAUGCAGAAAGUCAAGGUACUGUAUGUCUGCUGUGAUUGUGCCAUGUUGCUGCUCAGAAUCGCAUUUUCAAAUUUAGAAAUAAAGAAUGUACAUUGCCAUAAAACUGGA